GCGCGCAGUCACUUAUUCCCGCGGCUCGGAGGCGGCGGUGGCGCCGCGGGGCCCCUUCGGGCCGGUGCAGGCGCUGCCAUUGCGGGAGCGGAGGAGGCGAGGUCUCACUACAGCCAGCUGAAGAAAAUGAGUGAUCUGGUGGCUGUAUGGGAAGUAGCUCUAAGUGAUGGUGUUCACAAGAUCGAAUUUGAACAUGGAACCACAUCAGGGAAACGUGUUGUGUAUGUAGAUGGAAAGGAAGAAAUAAGAAAAGAAUGGAUGUUCAAAUUAGUAGGUAAAGAAACAUUUACUGUAGGAGCAGCAAAAGCAAAGGCAACCAUUAACAUUGAUGCAGUGAGUGGCUUUGCCUAUGAGUACACCUUGGAGAUCGAUGGCAAAAGCCUCAAGAAGUAUAUGGAGAAUAGGUCAAAAACAACAAAUACCUGGGUAUUAAGCUUGGAUGGUAUCGACUGUAGAGUUGUUUUAGAGAAGGACACUAUGGAUGUCUGGUGCAACGGUAAAAAAAUGGAAACAGUGGGUGAAUUUGUAGAAGAUGGAACAGAAACUCACUUCAGCGUUGGUGAUCAUGAUUGUUGCAUUAAGGCUGUUAGUAGUGGAAAGCGAAGGGAAGGAAUCAUUCAUACUCUUAUUGUGGAUGACAGAGAAAUUCCAGAGGCUGUGGAGUAGCCUCUCUUUAAUCCGGCUGUGUUAGAAAUAAAGAUCAGGGAUUUUCAAUUACUGUGGUAAUUAUUUUAAUACGUACUACUUGGUACAUUUAGUUUGUGCUGUUUUUAUUUUCUAAUUAGUGUAUAUGAAAUUAUAUUCUCCAAGGACCAGAUGAGCUGUCUGAUUAUAUACAACCUCAUACAUUGCCAGUUUUUUUGUAAAUUGUAUAAAUAUAUAACACUAAAGGGAAGACGGCAAAGUGGACUGAAAUCAAUUGUUUACAAGGGACACUUUGCUACAACAAAAUGUGAAAUAAAUAAGUAGCAAGAUUUGACUUUUUGUCUUGGUUUUGCUUUUAAACUUUGAAUGUGUUUUGAGGUUCUUGAUAAAGCUGCUUUGCACAGUCUUUAAACAGCUGGUAUAUGUAGCAAUGGACCAUUACAUUUUCUCAUUGAAAACAGUUUCUUCUAACAUA